AUGAGCAACUGGACCGCGUAUCAGGACCAGAAAGUUAAGCAAGAACAAGAACAAGAACAAGAACAGGAAAAGCAAAACCAAAGGCAAAGCCAAAUGACCGCUGCUCAGAAGGAUACCUCAACGUCAACAUCAACAAACACGAACGGUGUUUCAUCACUACUAAAUCCUCCUCAAUUACAAUCUGAAAAACUUUCGUUACCAAUAAAUACCACCGACCAAAUGCAUUCGCAUUCACAUUCGCAUUCAAAGAAUGAUUCUUUGGGAACUAUACCAUUACCUCAAACGUCAAAGUAUAACCCAAUUUAUCACCAACCAUCAUCAUACAUGAUGAAUGAAUCAGAUAUGAGAAGAAAUUACUAUCCUACACCACAACAACAGCAACCACCACCACAGCAGCAGCAGCAGGUAACGGGAUCACAGGCGCAAACUAAUACAUCUCCCUUCUUAUAUCAUUGGAAUACGGGAAGAUCUGAUGAAAACCAACAACAACAACAACAAAUGUUACAAUCGUUACCCACAACUUCAAAUCCAUACGGUGUCCAAUAUAACGUUUUAGCACCGGACACUCUGCAAAUGUAUUCUAUGGGCCAAGUACCAAGUAAUAUGGGCGCUUAUAUACCUUAUCAAACUGCUCAACAAUAUCAAAGUGUACCAUGGGUAAUACAAUACGAUCCUUAUUCCACCGGCCCACCACCACCACCACCUCCAAAUGCUUCAAUAACAAACUCUCCACCAUAUCAACAAUCGUAUCCAUCACAGCAACCUCAACAAUCUCAACCUCAACAGUAUCAACGGCCUGUAUCUGUAUCACCUAAUAUUUUACCACAACCAGUAUAUUCACAGACAAUAAAAUCAUCUUUAAAGAAUUCCUUCAAUGGAGAUACUAAUAAUGCAACAACAACAACAUCUAUAUCACAACCCUUUAAAAGAUCUGAUGCAAUGGCAUCAAUAGGAACUAACAUUCAACAGAAUAAUAAUAACAUUAAUAAUAGCAGAGAUAAAAAUCUACCACCAAUUUCAAGUAUAACAACAACGGUCCCCACAACUGCAUCGACAACAACUGCAACGACGCCACCAAGUGUUAUACGAGAACCACAUUCCAACCAAAGAUUCGUCACUCCUUCACCUCCAAGAGGUACAUUUGAUUCAGAAAAUGCCGUAUAUAUUUGUCAUAUUUGUUCCAAGAAUUUCAAGAGAAGAUCAUGGUUAAAGAGACAUUUAUUAUCACAUUCAUCAGAGAGACACUAUUUUUGCCCCUGGUGUCUAAGUAGACAUAAGAGAAGAGAUAAUUUAUUACAACAUAUGAAAUUGAAACAUUCCAAAAAUUUAAUUAAUGAAUUGAAAUUUAGAAACGUCAUCUUUGAUUGGCAUAAUUAUCAUUAUCAACAACAAGUUCAACGACACCAACAAUAUCAACAACAAGGUGGUAUGCCGCCACAGAUUCAUGGUGCCAAUGAACCAUUCAACAUUAAUUCAGAAUUCACCAUUAGAACCCUGGUCACCAAUGGAGUCGUCAAUAAGGAAGAUGUCAAGAGAGUCUUGAAUCAAUUAGUGGACGAAAAUGAAAAUGAACCCUAG